GGCGACAGGAUCCACUCACCUCUCCGCAGUCCGCACUGUUCGAGGCUGUUUUGGGUCUCUGCUUUAUGCAAGUUGCGCCGGGGCUGAGAGCAGGUACUUCACCCUGUGCUAUGACUUUUAGUUGGAUAAUCAACACCCAUCGCUGCUCUCCUCUUUGAGAAGAGAUAUUUUAUUUUCAGGGCUGUCAAAACACUGGCGCCUCACAGCUGCUGCUCUGUCAAUUCGCAGCCUAACGGAGGAAAUUAAAGCCCGUGAUGUUCAACCCACACAUCCAUCAGCAGCAGCAGCAACAGCAGCAGCAACAGUUUCACCAGCACCUGCGGCAGCUACAGCAACUUUUCCAGCAGCAGCCUCCGCCUCCUCCACCGCCGCAGCCGCCUCCGGGGCAUCAUGUUCCCCAUCACCACCACCAGAACCCGCGAGCCAUUCCUGUUCCUCCCCAGACGGCCCCUCCUCCCAGGAUGGUCAACCUGUGCCAGGCAACCCAGACUACGCUCCUCACCCCCAAUCCCAUGCUGCAGGGGGCCCUCCUGAUGCAGCAGAUGCAGGGCAACAUGCGGGGCUUCGGGAUGGGUGGACAGCAGUUCCGUCAGUUCUUUGCAGCCUCCUCCAGGUCGUCUCUUCUCGGGCCGGUUCCCAUGGGCAUGGCCAUAAAGACCCCCAUGAUGGGUUUUCCCGCUGGUCGACCGUUCCACCCGCACGCUCGCUACUACAACAAUGCUGCCACCACCACAGCCUCCUCCUCCUCCUCCUCCUCCUACUCCUCCUCCUCUACCACAGACGCCGCAGCUCGCCAGCCAGACAGGAAGAGAGACAGCGAGCAGAUGGCAGCAGGGAGCACAGACGACCAACCAGCAGCUAGCAGUACCAAUGAAGCCACUGACAAGACUGAAACAGAUGGUGCCGUGGGAGGAGAGGAGGGAUCCGCACAGCCCUCCGAGGACCAACUCGAAGAACCUGUAGUUAAGAAGCAGAGGACAGAGGAGUCAGAGGAGCCCAAAGAGCCGUGUGUCACUAUGGCAGAUACAGACAGGGAAGUUCUCUUUUCAGUGUGUAACAGCAACACAGAGGACAGCCAGCCUGAAGACUGCAUCAUUCCGGAGGAAGGACGCUCCACAGGGGGAUCAGAUGAUGUUGAGGCGCUGGAGGAGAGCAGAGCUACUGAGCAGGUGCGCAGCUGUUCAUCAAUUGCUUCCCCAUCAGGCAGGCUGAGUGAAGAUGACCAGCAGGUUACUUUGCCGCUGGAGGAGAUGCCACAGGACAAAGAUGCCCCUUUAUCUUCACCAGACAACCAGGAGGAAGGAGAGGAGGGUGUAACGGAGGGCGCCAACAAGUUCUACUGCUACCUCUGCGGCAUCACCUGCCACAACCAGCAAAACUUCAGGAGUCAUAUGAACAGUGUUUCCCACCAGCAGAGGAUGAUGGAGAUCCAACAUAUGAGCAAUGCAUGCCUGGUCACGUUGCUGCCACGAGUACAUGAGACUCUACAGGGAGCAAUCAAAGAUGGGGAGAAGAAAGAAGACUUGAAGCACUGGUGUGCCACCUGUCACACUCACUUCACCAGCAGCAUCACAGAUCACCGUCGCACAGAGGAGCACAGACUUGCCAGUAGAACAGCCAUCUCCUCCUGCACAGUCUGCAAGAAACACUUCAGGACCUCCCAGUUUUUUGUGGAGCACUUGCAGUCCGUGGAGCACAGACAGAAAAUGGAGAAGCUCCAGGAAAAGGAGGGCUGUGAGGCCUUGGGCAAGCUGACUGCCAUGGACACCGAGGGAUUUUCACUAGAAGAGGUGGAGGGCAGUGAAGUAGAGGAAGAAGAGGAAGGACAGAUGAGUGAAGGAGACCAAGAUUGCUCUGAGAAACAGGAUGGCUGGUCCUCCCUCAAAGAAGUGACUCUGAAGGAAAUGACCAGUGAUGAGCAGUAUGACCCUGAAACGGUCUACGGGUCCAGUUUUUUUGUUCCAGUCGCAGGUUUUAUCUGCAGACUCUGCAACAAGUUUUACCACUUUGAGUCUUCAGCCCUACACUCCCACUGCAAAUCACUGAAGCACUUUGAGAAGCUCAAGAGGCAUAAAGAGAUGCUGAGUCAAAGAGGUGAGGCUGUCUCAUCUUCCAGAGGUUCUCCCCAAGCUACAGACAGCCUCAGGCCUGUAAUAGAAACUACCACAGACUUUUUGGAUGAAACUUCCUGCUCCGAUGACACUGGUUUAGUGACAAAUGUAGACUCCUUGCAGCCUUUGACUACGCUCAAACAACUGAACGUGCACACAGAAAAGACCAGCGACCUCCACAUCAGUGAGGAAGAGACCACAUCCCAGCCUGCUGAGCUGCCUGCUGGCAGCAGAGAGGAGCCAGAGUCGGUGGCAGAAGCUGCUGCUGAGGAUACUAAUGAAGGAGAGGAGGAAAAGGAAGCUCCUGCUGUCCCAGGGAGAAAGAGCGGCACAGGGAAGGAAAAAAACACACCCAAACGCAGGUCAGGGAGGGCAGCAAACAGACGCUGAGUCAAAGAUGGGAUGUAAAAAGAGAGGAAACCUUGGGACAGGAUGUGUCGGUAUGUGACGAGGUGCUUUCAUUAAACAGAGACCAACAAAAUAACAGCCCAUAAAGUCUGAAAUAAAACGCACACCUACAAAGAGGAAGACUGAGGGACGGUUAAUCGUGCUGAGACAUGACUUGUUAGGUGUUCACCCAGGGUGGGAAAUUUACACCUGACAGCCACCAAAUACUGGUUGAAUCAGUGAUAGGUGAGCAAGUAUCUUACAAUCGCCUCCUGGUAAGAGAAUGAUGUUCUUGAGUUAUCUCUCUCCAGCCUUAACAUGAGAUAAAAGCAAACCAAAUGAGAUUAUUUCACAGUAUGUGUGCCUAGCCUCCGUACAUAUGAAUCUGUUAAAACGGUGUUUAUGUUGCCUGAUUUGAAAAUAAUAUUUUAUUCAUGAAUUAGGAGAAGCUCCUUCCUGGUAAUGGGGAUAUCUGUGUACUACGAAAAUUAUACUGUACACAAGUACAAUGGAAUUUUGAAACUUCGAAAGCUAAAUGUAAAUUUGAAAAGUUGUUUAAAGGCUUAGCGUAACGUUUUCCUAAAAAAAAAAAAAAAAAAAAGGAAUGUAUUAUUUGAGGUUCCAGAAUUGAAAAUCUUAUUUUUAAUUUCCACCCUCUACAUUAAAGCUGGUAGAGGGACCUUUUUUUUUUCAUUUUUUGCUGAUUCUGGCGACUCCUGCGGACAAAAUGAAAUGAAGUGAACUUGUUAGUGCCGCACCACCAGACGACAGAGCAGCACUCUGCCGUAAAAAUUACUUCUAAUUUAAUGACUUAUCCAACCCAGAUGAGUGGGAAUCUGAACUGGUGUUUUUGUACAGAAGUAGCCAGUCCUCUCACUAAUGUCUCAUUUGCUUCUGACCCCUAACAGUGCCCAGGCUUAUUACAUUUAGCUCGAUUUAAGAACAGAACAUCAGUGUUCUGUUAGAUUUUCCAUCAAUUUGUUGUCCGAGGCUGGCUCACCAAAAAGUUAAUUUCCCACCCUGCUGUCUGUGAGGGUCAGGAGGUUGAUCAGGGCCGAUUGUCAGCUUCUGCUAAUUCUUUAGCUAGCUGUGGUGAAUGAUCGUUAAUUUAAUAUAAAUGUCAGAGACAUUUCUUCAACAUUGCUAACACAUAGCGCACGCUUUUAGCAACCUGAUAUGUAGAAUGUAACCAAAUUAAGUGUUUGAGCAGGUGACAGCUUUUGUUUAUUUUAUUUUAUUUUAUUUAAAAAAUGAAGUGUUAUAAUGGUACUUUGCUUGAGUGUUGAAAAGUGAUGAAUCUUAAAUAGAUCAUAGCUUCUUCAGGGCAUUUCAUCCUCUUUUUUUUUUUUCACCAGAAAUUUGGGGUUUAAGUUGAUGUCGUGUUUGGGGCAAAAAGGUUGUCAGCAGCUGUGGCUUUCUAUCUGAAACAGUCCUGCACACAUUCUAGUAUCCCUCACUACCAGCAAUUGGCAUUUUAUUUGUAUAUUGAUAUACAAAUGUAUACUGCUUAAAUCUGUAGGAGCUGAAUGUUGCAGUCAACGAAAUUUCAAAAAACCCCUUUUACAUCUGCACACAGUGAUGGAAAAGAAAUCCCUGUAUUCUUGGAAUGAAGCUCUAAAAUGAGAAACAACAGCUAACAGCGUCAUUAACACAUCACUUGUAACAAAAAUUAAGGUGUUUGAUUAAAUGAUUAGCUGUCCCUGACUCCCUGAAGACUUCAGUCACAGAAGGCUGCACUACGUCUUCAUUUUGCUUAUUUUGACAUCUGAAAGCUUGCCAGUAACAGCAGGUAAAUGCUACCUGAAGCUUGAAAGACUGUAAAGUUGUCGUAUUUAUCAUAAUUCCUGCUGGGUGUUGAAGGUCGUCAGAGAGCCCACAAGUCUGCCUUUUAGCUCAGAAUUUAUGAAAUCACAGUUCAUUUAAUGGAAGGAGUAAAACCAUGAAGUGUCUCUAGGUGUUUAAUGUAGCAAAUUAUCCUUGCAAACUUUUAAACACCAGUAAUUUACAGCAGAUGAUCCCAGUUACCGAUUAUGUAUAGGAAUGUAGAACUUCGGUUCGAGUAUUUCCUCCGUUCUUCUUGACUAGUGUGCUGCUCUGGAAACAUUUAUUCCUCCAUUAUAGAGAAGAAUAUUUUAAACCGCAAAAAGACUGACUGACACAUGUAGCAACUCUAGUCGUAGUGACAACUGUCACAUGAUGCAUCAUAUUCUGUCUGAAGGAACAAGAUAUGAUGGUGGAUGGAAACUGUACUAUUUCGAUCUCAAACAGAAGGAAGUGAGACAGAAGAGGAGAUGUACAGUAUAAUGUCAAACAGAAGCUGUUUGUUUCUUAUUGUAUUUUUAUUCAGCUACUGACAAAUUGAGAUGAACAAACAGGUGAUGUUUUCUAACUGCUGGAAGUUUAAUGUAUUUUUGGAUGUUUGUUUUUCUGGGGAGGGGGGGUGUCAUUUUAAUUUAUAUUAAAAUGUCUGACAAUU